GUGGCAUGGAGCUUUAUCUUCCAAACGACGCCCGCCGAAUUCCUUCAAGGAGCUCAGGUCCUGUCAGUGGCCACAGAGAGCGUCUCCUUUUCAGUGGCUUGGAGCGCCAGCGUUGACUUCCGCUGUCGUCUCCUCGCAAGCGGUGCAUCGCUGGAGUCCGCUUCGCAGCUGGCUUCUCGGGGCGUCUCAUCCGGUGUGGUGAUCGAAGGGCUGCUGCCGGAUACGCGCUAUGACAUCGAAUGCUGGGCCACCCUGCAGGACGAACCGGAGGUGGCUUCGGGAUGGCUUGCUGCCGGCCACAUUCAGACGCUGCCAGACUUGGAUGUGGAACUGACGGGGCUCGUCUUGCUUGUGCAGCCCUUGUGCCCGACGAAGACCCUGGAGUCGUACACGCUGGGAGUGGUGCCUGCGCUGGCCGAGAACCGAACCAACUACACUGUGGCCCUGCCGAAUGCGGACUUCGCCCUCAACUGCAGUGACGAGGAGGCGUCCUGGCAGUUGCAGCUUUUGGCAACCCCUCGAAGCAAAUAUGCCUCUGCGAACAUCACCUGGGACGACGGCACCUCCCAGAACGACCAAAGCGUGGCCCUGGCAGUGCUGAAGUUGCCAGCCGAGGAGGUGUUAACCACCAUGGACUUGACGGUGAGCGUGGCUGCUGGCUGUCAGUGCGAAUUUCGGACCUAUUCUGUCCAGGCCAUGGGUCUCCGCCUUCGGUUCGACAUUGCGACACCUCGGGUGACGAAGGCCAACGGCGAUGAGGCCGAUGUCGGUUUGGAUGCCGUGGAGGAUGGCCACAAAAUGGAGGUUGUGGUCACCUACAAGAGCGACGCUUUGCCGGCACAGUUGUGGAAUCAGCUGUCGCUGUUCGUCGGGCCAUUCCAGCAGGUCACGGUCGCCUCUCCUCGCCCGGAUUUGGAGACUGAGCCGCUCCAGCAGGUCUACCUCAUGAUGACGAUCGUAUCUGGAGCUGGCAAGGAUCUGCCACUUCAGCUGUCCAUCGCCGGAGCGCAGGUCGGCGUUGCCUCGGUACCGAUCUCCUUUGCACCCCCCUUUGUCACUUGCCUUUCCGCUGUUGGCUAUGGCCAGUGCAGCACCGAUGAGCGGGAGCAAGAGCAGGUCUACGUCAGCACCGUUGGCGAAACGAUGCUCUAUGCGAAAGGUGGCUUCGGGGGCCAUGAGAGCCUUGCGAGCCCAGGUAUGCUACGACUUUCAGUGACGCAGGGGGGCAACACGACAGAGCUGUGCGAGGACUCCGGUUGGGUGAGCUCCACGGAGAUGUGGUGCCGUCUGGUUCCCAAAGGGGCCACGCCCCUGGUGAUGUACGUCCUCGGACCGAUGAAUCAGACGGAGCUCGUGGAAGUACCCUGGAGCAUUCGCUACCAGCCGCCGAUCAUCGACAACUUCUCCGAGCCUGUCUUGCAGAUCAUGGACGGAGGACAGCUUUACAUCAUCGGCCAAAACUUUCCGGACUUUCCCGGUGAGGAGGCGAGUGUUGGCUACGAGGACGCCGAGGCGGUUCGACGCCUUGCUGGAUUGCCAGGCGCUGGCUUCGGCACAUCAGAGGUUUGCACGAAUGUCGUGAGAGUCAAUCAGACGCACCUGCUCUGCGAGAUGAAAGAGAGGAUUGACCUCACCGCCGCAAGAUGCCGUGAGGUGGACCUGGUCGUUGCCUGGGGCGAUCUCCGAUCGCAGGCUCAGAGCGCACGCUAG